CAGGGAAUUCUCUCGCUCUUGUGGUCGUGACUUUCUUCGUGGUCUCUGUUGACAUUCUGCUAGCCUGCAAACUGAUAACAAGAAACCUGUUCGGUAAUGUAAGCCGUUCGAUAUCUUCACGUGUUGCUAUUGACGUCAUUGCUACAAACACAACUUCGGUGCUCGCGAUAUUUCAGCGAGAUGCAGGUGCAAAGAGUCGUUCUUAACUCACGACCAGGUAAAAACGGGGCGCCAGUUCCGGAAAAUUUCCGCCUGGAGGAGAUUACUUUAGCACCUGACCUGAAAGAUGGGGAAGUUCUUGUUCGGACGCUUUAUCUUUCAGUCGACCCUUACAUGCGAUGUAGAAUGAAUGAGGACACCGGCGCUGAUUACCUGACUCCAUGGCAGAUUUCCAAGUGCGUGGAUGGUGGAGGUGUGGGAGUGAUUGAUUCCAGCCGGUGCAAUAAUUUUGCUGCGGGAGAUGUGGUCAUUUCAUUCAACUGGCCUUGGCAAACCCAUGCUGUUAUGACCGGAAGUGACUUACAGAAGGUUGAUCCACAGCUGGUUGAUGGACACUUGUCCUACUUUUUGGGUGCAGUUGGAAUAACAGGUCUCACUGCCUUACUGGGUAUCAGAGAGAAGGGUCACAUAACCAAAGGGGCCAAUCACACGAUGGUAGUAAGCGGCGCAGCUGGUGCCUGUGGCUCCAUUGCUGGACAGAUUGGCAGGUUGGAUGGAUGUGUGAGAGUGGUGGGGAUCUGUGGUUCUGAUCAGAAGUGUAAAGCUAUAGUGGAAGAUUUGGGUUUCUCCACAGCCAUCAACUAUCACCUGGAGGAUGUCCCGACGAAGCUUAAGGAGAGCUGUCCUGAUGGCAUUGAUGUUUACUUUGACAACGUAGGGGGUGCCAUUAGUGAUGCUGUUAUAGCACAGAUGAACAACGGCAGCCACAUAAUCCUGUGUGGUCAGAUCUCACAGUAUAACAAGGACGUGCCAUAUCCACCACCUCUGAGCGAGGAGACUCAGAAGAACCUGCAAAGUAAAAAUAUCACCCGGGAACGCUUUACGGUGCUAAACUACAUGAGCAAAGCAGACGCUGCCCUGUGUGAGCUCAGCCAGUGGAUUAAAUCAGGUCGAAUCAAGGUUCUGGAAACUGUGGUGAAUGGCAUAGAGAAUAUGGGAGAUGCAUUUUGCUCUAUGAUGAAAGGCGGAAACAUUGGCAAGCAAAUCAUAAAAAUAUCCCACUGAAGAAAAUCUACAGUGAUUCCAGUGGAGGCUGCGCUCUCACCACUCACCAUGGGAAAUUAACCUUACUGCUGCCUGUUAUCUCUGCCAUUAACAGUUACUUAAUGAGCUGCAGUCAAAAUAUUGCGCUGAUUAACCGAGGCCAGCUAAUUACAACUGAAUUAUAAAUAAUAAAAUCUAGCAAUCGAACAAGUCUUCAGUUUUUAAUAAGAGUUUGUUUAGUCUUUUGGAAAUUGGUGCAGCAGUGAAAGAACCGUAGAGCAGAGUGUUGCAGUACUGACACAUGAUAUUAACCUAAAAAUCAGUCUCUUAACGGUGCUGAUGUGGGAUAAAACCUUGAAAUUCCCUGCUUUAGUAUAGCAAAAACUUAGCAGGGCUUUUUCUGUUGUACCCAAAGUUACCGGGUACACUGAAGUCAUAAAGCGAUGGGCAUGAUCAGUAGCUAUACUUGGGUAGGCUAAAUGAAGAACAUAUCCUCCAUACCAUUA